CUUCACUGCAUCUCAAAACUCGGAGGACCGAUUUCUAGGGUUUCUUCUCAUCAGUCGUUGGCUUCUCUUCUUCGAAAAAUCAAGCAUGAAGCUCGAUACCAGUGGCCUCGAGGCUCCGGCGCCGAUCCUUGGUGGGAUCGAUGACCUCUCUGUUGAUUUCGCUGCUGCCCCGUCCUUUGAUCUUCCUGGCUGCGCUGAUUUUGAUGGGUUUCAGAAGGACGCGGUGCAGAUGGUGAAGCCGGCGAAGGGGACGACGACCCUUGCUUUUAUUUUCAAAGAGGGUGUUAUUGUUGCUGCUGAUUCUAGAGCUAGCAUGGGCGGUUAUAUCUCUUCGCAGUCAGUAAAGAAAAUUAUUGAGAUUAAUCCAUAUAUGCUGGGAACAAUGGCUGGAGGUGCUGCAGAUUGCCAAUUCUGGCAUAGAAAUUUAGGCAUCAAGUGCCGCCUACAUGAGCUUGCAAACAAGCGUAGAAUUUCAGUCACUGGUGCUUCCAAGUUGUUGGCGAAUAUUCUGUACUCAUACCGUGGAAUGGGACUUUCUGUUGGGACCAUGAUUGCUGGAUGGGAUGAAAAGGGGCCGGGCCUGUAUUAUGUGGACAGUGAAGGUGGACGGCUUAAAGGGACAAGAUUUUCUGUUGGAUCUGGAUCACCAUAUGCUUAUGGUGUCCUUGAUAACGGAUAUCGUUAUGAUCUGUCAAUUGAGGAAGCUGCUGAACUUGGUCGCCGUGCCAUUUAUCAUGCUACAUUCAGAGAUGGUGCUAGUGGUGGUGUUGCCAGUGUUUACUUUGUUGGACCAAAUGGUUGGAAAAAGAUGUCUGGCGAUGAUGUCGGGGAGCUGCAUUACAAGUAUUACCCUGUCACCACAACCCCUGUGGAGCAGGAAAUGGCAGAAGUUCCAGCAGCUUGAUCCCUCAUUGUACAUCAAGAAUGGUUUGCAUAUGUUCUUGAUCUUCACCUUCUACUUCUCCAUAUGAACCUAUAAAACUAGACAAUUCACUUAUUAAUGUCAUGCUCAAGGAUAAUUUUUAUGUAUUUUCAUUGUUUAUUUUCUCUCGCAAUAGCAAUAGGAAACUUUAAUGAUAUUCGACUCUAAAUCCGAUUGUUCAACAUGCUGGUUAGUCAUGGUUCAUGGAACCAUUUAUCCAAUCCUCUGAAAUCAGUUAAUUAAGUGC